UCACCGCGACCAGAAGCGACACACGGGACCGGCCCCCACGGUCCGUCCGCCGACGCCGACGUUUGUUCACCAAGGGCCCGAAAACCCGAAUCAAUAUUUCAUCCCUCGAGUAAGGGCGCGCGCCGCGCUCCCACCGCCCGAACGCGGUAGGCGCUCGAGGCCUCCGAUUGCGACCCACCAGUCAACCGCCGCCGUCAUCCGAUGCACAAUAUGGUGGCCGUGGCGAUUUGUUGCAUCAUGGUGCUGCUGGCCGUGUUCAUCGUCAUCAUCAUCGUGGUCGGCCAGAGCAUCGGAGAACCGCGUGCCGCCUCUUAAGACUCGACAAGGGGUCGAUGAGUCCGGCCUCCGUCUUCCUCUCCCCCGUCCCCGCCGAUGAACCGGAGUGCUCACCGACCACAAGGAGACGUGUGCUGUGUCCCACGGACUCCGCUCCAUACUCGUUAUCUACUCGUAAUGUUGAUGUAAUAUGUCGUCGUCUGUGUUAACCGAUCUAGUGGCUUACCUCAAGUUGUAGUUUUGUAUACUGUAUACAACUAUGUUAUCAUACGUGUUUAUAGAAGAGCUCUUAAUCGACAAUAGAUCUAACGUAAUGUACAACCAAGAGAUGUUUAAUGGUAUCGUAGUUGUAACCGUGCUCCCAAGGUUUUUAUGAUUUGUAAAUUUUAUAUUUGUAACGUCAAAACAUAUACCGAUGGAGAAAUAAAAUUACUAUUUUAUGUA